AUGGGUAAUCUACCUAGGGACAGAGUCGUGCCUUCUAGACCUUUCGAGAAGGUCAGAUUAGAUUUCGCAGGACCUAUAAUCACGAAACCGGAUUUGAAAAGGUCAAAGGAGACUUUAAAGUCUUAUAUUGCAUUAUUUAUCUGUUUUUGCACUAAAACAGUGCAUUUAGAAGUCGUUUCUGAGUUAACAACAGAAGCUUUUCUAGCCUGUUUACGACGAUUUAUUGCCAGAAGAUCCAAACCAGCCGUUAUCUGGGGCGAUAACGCCACGAAUUUCAAAGGUGCGAGAAAUAUUCUUAACGCAUAUAAUGAUAUUUGCAAAUCUAACCCAAUUGAAGGAUUUAGUGCAGAAGAAGGCAUCCAAUGGAAAUUUAUCCCACCAGCUUCUCCUCACUUUGGCGGACUGUGGGAUGCAAUCAUAAAAUCAGUGAAACGGAUUUUGUUAAGGGUAACAAAAUCGGCUAUCAUGAAUUUUGAAAAGUGA